GCGCUAGUCUCCGGCUUGGUGGCGGCGGAGUCGGGCUGCGCUCGGGCUGAGCCAUGUCGGCGGCGCGCGUGGACUACAUCGCGCCCUGGUGGGUCGUGUGGUUGCACAGCGUCCCGCACUUCAGCCUGCGCCUGCAGCCGGUGGACAGCACCUUCAGCCCCGGCGACAAGAGUUAUCAGGAGUCCUUGCUGCUCCUGGGGCUGCUGGCUGCCGUCUGCCUGGGCCUGAACCUCGCCUUCCUCGCCACGUACCUGGUAUGCGCCUGCUGCUGUCGGCGGGACCACGCUGUGCAGACCAAGCAGCGCAGUUCCUGCUGCAUCACCUGGACGGCAGUGGCGGCCGGGCUCAUCUGCUGUGCUGCGGUGGGUGUUGGCUUCUAUGGAAACAGCGAGGCCAAUGAUGGUAUGUACCAGCUGGUCUACUCCCUGGACGACGCGAACCACACCUUCUCCGGGGUGGAUGAACUGGUGUUCGAGAAUACCCAGAGGAUGAAGGUGGACCUGGAGCAGCACCUGGCCCGGCUCAGCGAGAUCUUUGCUGCCCGGGGUGACUACAUCCAGGUCCUGAAGUUCAUACAGCAGAUGGCUGGCAGCGUCGUUGCCCAGCUGUCCAGGCUGCCCGUGUGGAGGGAGGUCACCGUGCAGCUGACUGAGCUGUCUGACCAGACCUCCUACGUGGAGUACUACAGGUGGCUCUCCUACCUCCUGCUCUUCAUCCUGGACCUGGUCAUCUGCCUCGUCACCUGCCUGGCACUGGCCAAACGCUCCAGGUGCCUCCUUGCCUCGAUGCUGUGCUGUGGGGUGAUAACGCUGCUCCUCAGCUGGGCCUCCCUGGCCGCCGACACCACUGCAGCCGUAGGCACCAGUGACUUCUGCACGGCCCCUGACAUCUUCAUCCUGAACAAUACACAGGGCCAGAUCAGCACAGAGGUGACCCGCUACUACCUGUAUUGCAGCCAGAGCAUGAGCAGUCCCUUCCAGCAGGUGCUGACCAUCUUCCAGCGCUCGAUGACCUCCAUGCAGAUCCAGGUCACGGGGCUGCUGCAGGUCGCUGUGCCCCUCUUCCCCACGGCAGAGAAAGAUCUCCUCGAAAUCCAGUUCCUGCUGAACUCCUCGGAGACCAGCCUCCACCAACUGACAGCCAUGCUGGAUUGUCGAGGGCUGCACAAGGACUACCUGGACGCCCUCACUGGCGUCUGCUAUGACGGCAUCGAGGGCUUGCUCUUCCUCGGCCUCUUCUCCCUCCUGGCUGCCAUGGCGUUUUCCACGCUGAUCUGUGCGGGGCCACGGGCCUGGAAGCACUUCACCAGCAGGGAUAGAGACUAUGAUGACAUCGAUGACGACGACCCCUUCAACCCCCAAGCUCGGCGCAUCGCAACGCACAACCCCCCGAGGGGGCAGCUACACAGCUUCUGCAGCUACAGCAGUGGCUUGGGCAGCCAGAGCAGCCUGCAGCCCCCCACCCAGACCAUCUCCAAUGCCCCUGUCUCCGAGUACAUGAACCAGGCCGUGCUCUUCGGUGGGAACCCUCGCUAUGAGAAUGUGCCGCUCAUCGGGAGAGGCUCCCCUCCGCCCACGUACUCCCCCAGCAUGAGGGCCACCUACAUGUCCGUGGCGGAUGAGGGCUCGAGGCACUACAGCGGUGAGUUUCCAGCCUAAAAGACUCCUGGAUUCCUGUUGCCUCCUUCCUGUUUGGUUUUUAACAAAUGCACACACAAGCUGCAUUUCUUCUAAUGGAAACCAAAGGCACGCGGAGACCGGCGGGCUCCUGUGGCUGCAGAGGCACGGCUGAGAUCCUGGCCAAAGUCUCAGGUGGACACAAGGCCAUCACCCAGUGGCUUCUCUCCGGUCCCGCUGUUCACCCCCGGGCGCCCCACCCCCACCAGGUGGGGAAUGGCAUCCCGGAGGGAGGCACCCGGAUGCUGCCAGCCUGAGGGCGGUGUUCUCUUGGACCCCAGCGCCAGGACUGUGUGUCCUGUCAACUCAGCCAAAAGCCCAGGCAACUACUCUUCAGUCAUUUCUUAGCGGGUGACGUGGGAAGGACUUACCAGGAGGCGUGCUUAGGGGAGGCAGUGUCCCUGCUGAGUCCACAACACUGUCCACAUCUGAGUUCCUGGGCCACACGGACUCUGCCUGGGCCCCACGGGCUCAGUGUCAGGAGGCUUCUGCAGGGAGGUGGUGCUGGUGACCCGGGAGAAACACAGGAGGAAGCCUGCCACGUUCUGCCCAUCAUCUGUCCCCAACUGAUGGUCUCAGGUAUGGACAGUCACUUUGAAAAUGACUUCACUGUUUUUCCCAGUGUUUCAAAAACAGUUUGAUGAUCCAAAGAUUCCCAACGCAUAGCACGUCCAGUUUUCACUGUAGAUUUGGUACCCGCUCCUUAAGCUGGUUUUUACAUUAUUUAGAUUUUUGCUGGCACCAGCCAGUUUAUUACAGAGCUGGGGUACAGAGGAGGAAUGGAGUUUUAAAUAAAAGCGUGGUGAGGCAUCCUGUCCCAAGGGUGUCUGACUUCGUCCCGCUUACCAGAGGGAGCCCUAUAAGCAGAGUAAAGUCCUCUCUUCCGGAGAACAGCCAAAUGCCCAAGACAACUCCCUUCCCUUUUGUCUGCAAGCAAGUUUGUCAUCAAAGGUUUUAGCAAAAUGACAUAGCUUGAUACAAGGACAGGCGUCCUUGCUACCUAUGCUACCAUGCUGUCCCCAUGCCAGUGUCCUGGACCCUGACCUGCUAGGGGAGAAGUAGCUCGUUGGCUAGGAGGACAUAAUGACCCCCACCUUGCCUAGCAUGGGGCCAGGAUAGGGUCUGUGGUGCUCCCAGCCUCCCGCCAACCCACCGUGCACACCACCAGGCCCACGGCCUUCCAUGCUAAGCAGUGUGUUGGCAUUGGCUUGGGACAAGAAUUCAGUUUCCAUUUGGAAGAGUCGCUUUGUCAUCACAUGCCUACAUCAGAGUCAUCGUCACCUCCCAGCCAAGCCUCCAGGACAGAACUGGGCCACAGCAUCCGGGGCCCCCUGUCUCACCUAUGCUAACCUCGGCAUCCCGUGAACUGUAAACCCCUCCUUGUGGUCAUGUCAUGUGCAGAUAGCCCUGUGACAUCAAGGUGUCCCCUCUAACAUUUCAUUCUUGGCAACUUAAGGGUUGUUUUUAAUGCAUGUAAAUGAAACUAAAAUUGCCCAGGUGUCCCUGGAGAAGCCAGGGGGACAGACCUCUGCGUGACAUAUGUACACCCUCACCUGGGAGAGAAAUAAACCACUUGUACUAAAA